GCGACCCCGCAGGAAGUAGGAAGCGCGAGCGCACACUACAAGUCCCAGAAGCCCCAGUUUCCUGGAGCCCGCGUCCGACCGCGCAACGCCCGCCGGGAGCCGGCCGGAGCGGCCAAGAUGUCGCAACCUAAGAAGAGAAAGCAUGAGUCGGGGGGCGGCGGGGAAGGAGGGGAGGGAGCCGAGGAGGAAGAUGGUGGAGCGCUGGAGGCUGGCGUGCCGCGACCCCGGAGGACUAAGCGGGAGCGGGACCAGCUGUACUACGAGUGCUACUCGGACGUGUCGGUCCACGAGGAGAUGAUCGCCGAUCGCGUCCGCACGGACGCCUACCGCCUGGGGAUCCUGCGGAACUGGGCAGCGCUGCGAGGCAAGACGGUGCUGGAUGUGGGCGCGGGCACCGGCAUUCUCAGCGUCUUCUGUGCCCAGGCCGGGGCUCGGCGCGUGUACGCGGUGGAGGCCAGCGCCAUCUGGCAACAGGCCCGCGAGGUGGUGCGGCUCAACGGGCUGGAGGACCGGGUGCUCGUCCUGCCGGGGCCCGUGGAGACGGUGGAGCUGCCAGAGCAAGUGGAUGCCAUCGUAAGCGAAUGGAUGGGCUACGGACUCCUGCACGAGUCCAUGCUGAGCUCCGUGCUGCACGCGCGGACCAAGUGGCUGAAGGAGGGCGGGCUUCUCCUGCCGGCCUCCGCCGAGCUCUUCGUAGCCCCCAUCAGCGACCAGAUGCUGGAAUGGCGCCUGGGCUUCUGGAGCCAGGUGAAGCAGCACUACGGCGUGGACAUGAGCUGCCUGGAGAGCUUCGCCACGCGCUGCCUCAUGGGCCACUCGGAGAUCGUGGUGCAGGGCCUGUCCGGCGAGGAUGUGCUGGCCCGGCCGCAGCGCUUUGCUCAGCUUGAGCUGGCCCGCGCCGGCCUGGAGCAGGAGCUGGAGGCUGGCGUGGGCGGGCGCUUCCGCUGCAGCAGCUACGGUUCGGCGCCCCUGCACGGCUUUGCCAUCUGGUUCCAGGUGACCUUCCCUGGAGGGGACUCGGAGAAACCCCUGGUGCUGUCCACCUCGCCUUUUCACCCGGCCACACACUGGAAGCAGGCGCUCCUCUACUUGAACGAGCCGGUGCCAGUGGAGCAAGACACGGACAUUUCUGGAGAGAUCACUCUGCUGCCCUCCCGGGACAACCCCCGCCGCCUGCGCGUGCUGCUGCGCUACAAAGUGGGGGACCAGGAGGAAAAGACCAAAGACUUUGCCAUGGAGGACUGAGCGCCGCGUUUUCUCCCAGCGACCUCCCAAGGCGGCCUGACCUGAGUGGGAGAGGUGUAGGGAGGUUGGAGGAGAAAGGGCGAACCCACGUGCAAGUAGGGGGCAAAGUCUGCUCCCUUUUCCCUCAGGGCUGCUGGGGCAGGAACCUGACUUCAGUCUCCGUUUGAGGAGAUUUCUUCUAACUGUGUUCCUUUUUUUUUUUUCUACAAAGUGGUCCCCUCCCCACCCUUCAACCAAGAGAUACACCAUGCUUGUUAAUGGGCGUUUAAGCCUCAAAAGCAUGUGGUACCGAGCAUUUGGGUUUCCAUUUCUUUUGUUUCACAGGAAAAGCAAAUACACGAAUGUAAACGGCAGUUUAUGAAGGGUCCAUGCACACGCCUGACACCUCACAGAAAGGUAUUUGACAGCAUCUGCAUGGCAGUACAUGAAGAGCAAUGUAUAACACUGGGAUCCUGGAUGAUCCAAAAGAAACCCAAGACCUUGGGAGUUAGGAAACUCCUAGAAGAUUGAAAGUAUGUGUCCAAUCUGUCUAUAAGGACUGGUACAGAUUACUUGGAGCCAUUAGGGGCACAGGUAAGAACUGCCAGACCUAAAGGAGAGAACAUGCAUGAGAAGGUUCUACCUGCCUCCUCAAACAGCCUUCUACUUAUUUAACUGAAUUUUCAAAUGCUUUCAUUAAUUUAUUUCAUCAGUGGAAGUUUUUUUGUGUAUAAACAUAACAGUCAUUUUAGGAAUAUAAACCAAUAAAAUGGUUUCUGCUUUCAAGUAAGUGUGUUCAUAAGACAAAGUAAUUAAGAUGAUGGGCUAAAUGCUGGAGUGGUCUUGGUAUUAGAAAGUUGCAGGUAGGCCAGCGCUGCAGCUCAGUGGGCUAAUCCUUCGCCUGUGGCACCGGCACACUGGGUUCUGUCCUGGUUGCCCCUCUUCCAGGCCAGCUCUCUGCUGUGGCCUCAGAGUACAGUGGAGGAUGGCCCAGGUGCUUGGGCCCUGCACCCCAUGGGAGACCAGGAGAAGCACCUGGCUCCUGGCUUCGGAUCAGCGCAGUGCACCAGCCACGGCGGCCAUUAGAGGGUGAACCAACGGCAAAGGAAGGCCUUUCUCUCUGUUUCUCUCUCUCACUGUCCACUCUGCCUGUCAAAAAAUAAAAAAGGAAAAAAAAAAAAAAGAAAGUUGCAGGUAAUUAUCUUCACUUUACAUACUAGCAAAAAAGGCUUACACAGAUUUUGAAGGGUGUUGAAUUGAAGGGUAUUGAAUCUUCCUGAGGUUACAUGACCAGUUCUUAGCAACUGAAUCUUGAACACAAGUCUACUUCCUAACCUCAAUCAAAAAUCCACCUUUUCAUCAUAUUAAUCCUGAAUGCUUUAAUUAAAGACAGAAAAAUGUAAACCUCUUGAAUGGGUGACAGUUUUCAUUAUUUGAUCAAUGAAGGAAUGGGGAAAAGCCUCAGAAUAAGGAAGCUUUGUUAGAGAUCUAUCUUUCAUGGGCCUCAAAGACCCAACUUCAGUAUAUAGGAUCUCAAGGUUGAGAAACAACUGAUUGUCCAUUUUCUUAACUGUGUAUCAAAUGUGGCACUCCUUCACAGGUCCCCAGAAAACAAUCCUCAAUUCAGUAGCAAAGAUGAAUGAAUUCCAUGCCACCUGGCCAUAGGUACUUGGUGUCAGAGAGCAGAGGCAGCCCAUGAGGCUAGAGGGACACUGAAAAUGGGCAGGAGUUAAGAAAGGCAAAUGUGAAAGGCACUUGAAGCAAACAAAACUGCUUAACAGUUUACGUAUGGAUGGUCCUGUUAGCAUACUCAUAUUCAUACUAUCCAGUUCUUAGGACAAAUGAAUCCAGAAACACUGAUUCCUUCCACAUGUAUAUCUUUGUAUUCAUUAGUUCAUUCCAUGGCUUAAUAACAACAGUAUUUAGGUUCUGUGAUAAAAUAUAUCCUACCUAAAAAGAACUAGGAUACAAUAGGGCAAAUGAAAAUGCCCACAUCAAUAAUUUGCAUACCUCCUUCAUCCUGGAAAACCAACCCAACUAAAUUGUAAUCUCUUGAAAAAGGUCGAGAAGCCAACCCUCUUAUGGUUAAAACUUCCUCCAAGUGCAAAAUUAUAACUUAUCAUAUAGAUUAUGAAAUCCUCAGGAAAAAUCCCUCUAUAUUAGUACCAAGACCACAUCUGUAUUCUUUAAGUGUCUGAUUUAUUUCAGAGAAUAGACACAGUAUAUUGGAUAGAUGACUUCUCAGAUUGGCUACUAGAACACUGAACUGAAUUUAUAUGUCCCUGUGCUUUUAUUGUAGUUUUAUAUCUGACUCUAUUUCCAUACCCCAAUUAUUUUGAUUUAUCUUCUCAAGUGUAAUAAAUAUUAACAUGUUUUAUUGGAAUGUG